CGUUAUUAUCCCCACGGGUGGCGAAGUGCAAGCGUGUUUGCAGAGACGCACUACGAGGAAGGCGACAAACCCAGAACUGCAGCCCCGACAAUAAUCCGUCUUUCUGCAUCAUGUUUGACUCCAAUGUACAACACAAAAGCCCGAUUAUUAUCGGGUCGCAAGUUCUGGAUUUGUGGGGGCAGCACGUGAGAAGGUGGCGCCUGGAGCUAGAUAGCCAAACUGCAGACGCUUGCUGGCCGGACAUUCACGGACACCGCAGGGGAAAUGAUGGAAAGACGGUGGGCUGCAGCCUGGG